AUGGAAGAUGGCAUUGGCCUAGAGCUAGAAGUCUUGUUACUCGGGAUGAAAUUGCAAACACUGCUGCUUCUCUUGUGCCUAAUACCAACUGCUCCAAUUCCGUUGUUAGGGCUUUGCACUCCAGUGGAUCCUUUACCACAAAGUCGGCAUGCCAGGCCAUCAGAACCAAGUUUCCUCUGGUAUUUGGAGGUUUUAAUACAAGAAGUGCAAAGUUGGAACAUGAAAUGGUGGUCGAAGAUUGGGCUGUUCAAGUUUAAUCUGAUUAGCAAUAUGAAGUCUAACAGUUUAGCACUAAUUGGCCAAGGAAUGGUUCGAUUUUUCUUUUCCAACAACUCUAGGUGCCACCCAAUAUGUAAUCGUGUGGAAUUGUUGCAGGAGGGGCUGCCCAUUUCUGUUUUUAUUGCAUUUUGUGAGGCGCUUAAAGUACACACUGGGUUAAAGCAUUCAAGGUACUUAACAGUACAAGAGCAAGUAUGUAUAUUUUUGCUCGUAGUUGGACACAACAGUAGAAAUCGCAUAAUCCAAGAGCGAUUCCAGCAUUCAGGGGAAACCAUCUCUAAGUAUUUUAAACGAGUAUUAAAGGCUGUGUGUAAGCUUGGGAAGCUUAUCAUUCAACCGCCCCCAUUUGAUGAGGUCCCUCCAGAGAUUAUGAACAAUCAAAAGUACUGGCCAUUCUUUAAGAAUUGUAUUGGUGCUAUAGAUGGUACACAUAUCGAUGCAAAGGUUCCUGCUCGUGAGCAAAUUCCAUACCGUGGGAGGCACAAGACCACAUCACAAAAUGUAAUGGCUGCAUGUUCAUUUGAUAUGAGAUUUACUUACGUCUUGUCGGGUUGGGAGGGAACGGCAAAUGACUCACGAGUGCUUUGUGAGUGUGCGAAUAAUCCAGCAAUGGAAUUUCCCAUGGCACCUCUAGGUAAGUAUUAUGUGGUUGAUUCGGGGUAUCAAAAUAUGCCUGGGUUUCUAACGCCAUACAAGGGUGAGCGGUACCACUUGUCCUUGUUCCGUGGACGUAGACGAUUACCUACGAAAGAAGAAGAAUGGUUCAAUUAUCGUCACUCGUCCCUUCGCAACGUGAUAGAGCGCUGCUUUGGUGCAUUGAAGGCGCGAUUUCCUAUCUUGAAACAAAUGCCUAAAGGCUUUAGUGUGCGGACCCAAAAAUAUUUGCCAACCGCUUGUUGCACCGUCCACAACUUUAUAAGGAUGCAUGACAAAAAUGAUGCAGUGUUCAAAUUCUAUAGCAAGGAAGAUUUGAUUGUUGAGAGUGAACAAGGCCGUAGGAGCUCUUCUCAACAAAUCAAUGUAACCCCCGCUCAAUUGCGAGAAAUGGCUAGAGUUCGCAAUACUAUUGCCCGCCAAAUCUUUAAUAGCCAAAGGCUUUGAUGCAUUGGUG